AUGCUAUGCAAGGUGUGUGGAGCUGACGGAUCCGAGCCACAUUUCGGUGGUUCGUCUUGUAGAGCAUGUGCAGCAUUUUUCCGGAGAUAUGUGCACUCUCAAAAGUCAGUUAUCUCGUGUACUUGCGAGCACAGACUUCCCUCAUCCCAUCCAUGUCGACACUGCCGAAUGCUCAAGUGUAUAGCUACUGGUAUGACAAAAUGCAAAGUACAAGCUAAUCGGGAGAAAAAUAGAGUUCGUUUCUUCUAUCCCGGAUACAUUUCAUUGAUCUCAUCACUACCGAAUGCAAUCAUCCCCAAAUCCUGCGACAAUAUUUCAAAAACUGUUGCCCAUUGGGUUGAUCUUGACAAAAAAAGAAAAGAACUUCAUGGAGAAUGUUUUUUCGAUCACAAUCUCUCUCAGGUUACAAGUUUGGCAAAAAUUGAUACAAAACUAUUAUGGGAUCUCGGGGAAACUAUAUUCUCGGAUGUUUCAAAAUUGAUUACGACGGAUCGAGAUGCUAUCAUUUCAAACUUUUUCCCAAAAUGGCUAGUUAUGGAAUCGGCUAUCGACUAUGCAACUAAUUAUGACCAAUUUAAAAUGUUUGUGGGAACAGAAGAGUUCUACAACAAGUGUGCUUACUUUUACGGGACAUCAAUGCCAGAAGACAAACGAAUCAAAGAUGAAGAUACCAUUCGUAUAUUUGCACCGUUCUGGGAUUGGCAUUAUUCAGAAGUUGCUCAUCCGGUCUACUUGAAGAAAUGUGAUAAAGUGGAGUAUAUGGCAAUUUUUCUAUUAUUACUUUUUGACAAUGCAUAUACAAAUAUCAGCGAAGACGGUGCAAAAUUAUGCAGAAAUAUAAGAAAAGUGAUUCUCCGAGAACUCAAAGGGUAUCAAGAUGACAAAAAUUGCUCAGAAAUGCGGUUAGCAGAUACAAUUGAUACUCUACGUCUUUUGGAGAAAGCCGAACAAAAGUUACAGGAGGAAUUUGUGCUUUGUGGACUUCAUAAUGUUGUACUUCACGACGAUUAUAAACAAAUUUUUCAAGUGAAGAAACUGUAA